ACGGAACAAACGUACUAAAAAAAAAAAAAAACAAAAAAAAAACAAAGAUACCCAAGUUGUUUUUAUCAAAAUUAUUCCAAUUUUGUGAAUCUUAUACAGAUAUUGACAUUCAUAGGUAAUAAACUGACCAUGGGGAACUGGAAAUUAGAAGUUGGAAGAAUGGCAAUGUACAUGUCUUUCCCUGUAAUACUUUUCCAUUAUUUUAAUCAACCUGCUUAUUUCGAGGAGUGGGUAACAAAAACCAAGCGUAAUAUUUUUCCACCGGAAAAUGCAAAGGACAGAGAAGAUAUUCAGAAACUUAUUACAGACAUGAGAAGGAAACAAAUGCAAAGUUUGGAAGGAGAGUGAUUGUAUAUUUAUUAUCUAUUCAUUUAGUAUAAAAUUAGUAUCUGUUAAUUACAGUUCUCUAUAGGUUCGUAAAGUUUGAUAUAGAUCUAUAUCAGUCUAAUAUAGUCCAUAAAGAAAGCAUGUAAAUAAAUAUUUAUUUAACAACA